AAAUCUUCAAACUUCUUCUCAAACUCCAACCAUGGCGAUCAUCAAAACCAGUCCCAUCUUCUCCUUCCUCCUCAUAAACCUCAUGUUCGUCUCUACCAGAGCCGCCACGUUCACCAUCUCAAACAAUUGCUCCUACACCGUGUGGGCGGCUGCUCUCCCUGGUGGAGGAAGAAGGCUUAACUCCGGGGAAAGCUGGGACCUUGACAUAGCUGCCGGAACGUCCCAGGCUCGCAUCUGGCCACGAACCAACUGUAGCUUCAACCAAUCGGGACAGGGAACAUGUCUCACCGGAGACUGUGGCGGCCUCCUUGAGUGCAACCAAACCGGUACGCCUCCAAACACACUGGCUGAAUUCUCGUUGAACCAAUACAACAACAUGGAUUUCUUCGAUAUUUCGUUGGUCAAUGGGUUCAACUUGCCAUUAGAGAUCAGUCCAGACGCUACCACCUGCAACAACACGAUCCGGUGCACCGGGAACGGCAUCGAUGAGCAGUGCCCAGGGGAGUUGAAGGUUGCCGGAGGGUGUCAGAAUCCAUGCACAGUGUUUAGGUCAGAUCAAUAUUGCUGUACUUCAGGAUCAAGGAACUGUACGGCCACCGCGUAUUCCAGGUUCUUCAAGGACAGGUGCCCUAGUGCUUAUAGUUACCCCAUGGACGAUCCAACCAGCACCUUCACUUGCCCAGGAGGAACCAGCUACAGCGUUGCGUUUUGCCCUUGAACAUCUUUUAUUUUCAAUUCUUGAAAUUCUUGAGACUUCAUAUCCCUAACUAGUUGUGUUAAAUGGUUUUAAAAAUCAGAGUUAUUUUUUGGAAUUAAAGUUACUGUCAAAUUUCUUCAUUUUAUUAAAAAGUACUGAUAAUCAUUUUAUUGUGAAAUUUGACAGUAGUUUUAAUAUUAAAAAAUAAUUCCGAUUUCUAAUAUCAUUUAGACUUUACAUUAAAUUUUCUUUUCUUUUUUACUAUAUUGUGUUCAGUAUAAUUGUUGUUUAUAUGAUUAUGUAGCUGGAAAAUACAAAUAAAGGGCAUUGCAGGUAUAUCUAGAAUGUGAUAUUGAUCUCUUGUGUAUCGAUUGAGAUUAUUAUUAUAAUAAUAAAUGGGAUUAUUA